AUGGUCACCUCACGAGGCAAGGUGAGGGGUCAUGUGAAGCCGGCUUCGCCGGCUUCGGCGAAGGAUGCAGCUGCAUUCUUCGCUGCCGCCUCCACGGCAGUCACCGCCUCCAAAACAUCUCACUCGAGCAACGAUGGACACAACCCCCUCAUCAAUGACCUCUUAAAGGAUCUUGACAAGAACUCUUCGAAGGACGUCCACGGUCUCGGUCACGUGCAAGAGCAGAGCGGUAGCAAUGCUAACAGCUUUUCGAACUUCGAUCUACAGCUGCGGCGGCCCAGCGAGGAAUCGACGGCGAGUUGCCGUAGCAGCACCCGAAAUCGUGACAAGACAGCCACGGAUAUUCUCUGCAAGACUGGUCAGCACUUUGUGCACGCCAUGUGGAUGCACAAGCUUGAGGAUUUCUUCUGCCCUGCUGACGGUGAAAGCGCGGAGGACGUGCUGCGACGCCAGCUGCGCAAGAAAGAUGAAGAGGAGGUGGAGGCGGUGGUGCUGACGUUAGUGGAGCUGCUCGAGGAGGUGCGCAAGGCACGGAGCCAAUUAGUGCCACUCGCCGGCUCACUCUCGUUGCUCGACAUGCCUGGGCGAAAGCGUGCCUCCUUCAAUAGCAUGCACUCCGCAGUGAGCACGGCCAGCCUCAUGCGGCCACCGGUGCAUGAGACGAAUCAGCUCGCCAUGGCCUACGAUCAGCAGGGAAACCGCAUGAUUAACUGCUACCGUGUGAUCGCGAAUCUAGGACGUGGCGCGUACGGCAAAGUGAAGCUUGGAGUCGACACUAACACUGGCCAGAUGGUAGCCAUCAAAAUAAUUGACAAGAAGCUUCUCAAGAGGAUCGGUGGCAUGGGCAGCAGCAACCAGGAGGCGGCGCUGAAGCGCGAGAUCGCCAUCAUGAAGAAAGUGCGCCACCGAAACUGCGUAUCUCUAUACGAGGUUAUCGACGACCCGGAUUCGCACAUACUCUACCUAAUCAUGGAGUAUGUGCCAAACGGGCCCGUUGUUCGGCUGAAACCGCAGGAACUCAGCCGUACUGCCCUGGAGUCUAUCGAGGCGGGCAUUCCGCUAAGCGGCGAGGUCUGCGACAAGGCCCUGAUGCGUUGUGCGGUGCGGCAGUCCGCCAACGGCGAUACUGCGUCCCUCACCGAGGCAGAGAUCAACAGUAAUCCGACAGUUUUCCUCUGCAAGCCGCUUAGCCAGCACAUCUGUGCGCUGUACCUGCGCCAACUUGUGAGUGGACUUCGAUAUAUGCACAAGCGAAACCUCGUUCACCACGACAUCAAGCCGGACAAUAUCUUGGUUGGCACCAACCAUCACGUUUUUCUCAGCGACUUCGGUGUUAGUGAGAUCCUCUCCACUCGGCAGGAGGUGAAAAAUGCUGUGAAGAAAAAUCGUGGCAGCACGAGCGACGACCUCAUUAGCGAACACUCCUUCGAAUCCGACGCUAGCGAUUCAACCAGUGAGGAUGACGCUGGCAAACCUCGCCUGGGCGGUGGCACGCUCCUCUUCACCGCGCCGGAGCUGUUUGACACCUCGGUGACUAAAAGAUUGCUGGAUCCCCACCUGACCGACGUCUGGGCGCUCGGCGUCACGCUCUACUGCAUGCUGGUUGGCAUGUCCCCGUUUUUUGGUAACACGUACGCCGAGGUGCGCGCGAACAUCCUCACGCAGACGUACCCGUGGUGCGGCAAGACGAUGUACGGGACCCCACUGGCGGCGGAGUGGCGGGUCGUGCUGAACGGGCUGCUGGCCAAGAACCCCAACAAUCGCUGGUCGCUGGCGCGGCUCAAGUCGUUCCUCGACCAACAGAGCUUUCAGCAGGCCAUGCGGCAGAGUGCGUUCCUCGAGGCAUCGACGCGGAAUCGUUCCUUGACCUCCCUGGACGGCGACGCAUCCCCCUCCACUUCCACAGCUCAGCGCGCCGCUGGCUUGGCAGCGUCGUUGUCGACCGGGACGGUCGCCAAGGGACUCAAGCUGCCGCUGGUGUGUAGCUCAGUGGCGAAGGGCACGAACGCCUCCCUCCCUCCCCCUCGCGUGGUUUCUUCUCCCAGGGCCGUUUCCGCCUUGCCAAUGGAGGCGAGCAGCGCGGCUCGCAACUUGUGGGACUUUGACGUCUCGGAGAAGGAGGUGCGGGGCGCCACGCGAACGGUGAAGGUCGAGGUGAUGCGGCAGACGACCGUUCUCUCGGCGCACACGCGCACCAUUGUGCGCCGCUACGUCGAAUGGAUUCGCGCAUGCAUGCACGCUCGGAACUUCAUUCCACUGGGCUGCGCGUCCCCGUUAAGUAGAAAGUCGAAGGUUGGUUCCCUGGUCUCCGUGCAGAUGUGCGCUGGCGCCAACAAGAGCAGCAAAACGUUGACCGCCAGCGGUGAAAAGGCACAUGUGACGCACGUCCCUGUUCUCGCUGUGGCGGCAAGGUUUCACCAAGCCAGCGAGGCCAGCCCCAUAGACACUAGAUCUUGCGUGUGUCCUCCGCGGAGGAGCCCCCAUUCACCGGCGGGAGAUACUCGUGCGGGGAGGCAAAGGAAGGGCAGCUGCAGCAGCAAUAACGGCGGUGGUCGCGCGCUCACUUGCGGCAGCCUGGAAAACCGCGCCUUGGACGGCAGAUUGCAGUCGCUGGAUGCCGCCCUCUCAAUAGUGAACUUGCAGAGCACCUUCGAUGGGCACUCCCUCACCUUUAGCUUGACGUCAUCGAGUCUCUCCUCGAAGGCUUCCUUUUCUUCGCAGCACGGGGACAGUGGGCACCACGCUGGCAGGGAAACCUGCAGCAGUAACGGCAUGCUGGUGGGCAACUUGACAACUCCGAGCGAGAAAACGCUGGCGCCCAGGAAUGGGUUGGCCAACAGAGUCAGUUGGUGUAAUGUGCAGAUGCCAUCGACGGUCGCGCAGACGAUGCUGCCCAGCAGCGUGACGCCUUCAUAUAUUGCUGAGGAGGGUAGCCGAAAACGGGCGGGUGCAAAAGGCAUCAAGGGCCGGUUCCAACAAUUCACGCGCGGCACGAAAAAACAGAGCGACACCUUCGUCAGUGACAACCUCACCUCUUAUCAAUCCACGUUUGCACCCAGGUCACAUUCCGUGGUGUCGCCGUUGCUCGACUCGGUUCUCUGUAGCGGCACCAGUGUCUUGGAAGACAGCAACCCCGCUGGGUACUGUAGUACAUACCAUAAGCCGAAGACUGUCAGCACGACUGACCGUUGUCUUGCCGUGCCACCAGCCGAGCACCUCUCGGCGGUGCAGUCGUCAGGCUCGGUGGGCAACAGACACCCCGUAAGGCCGAUGCAGGAGCGCCGUUGUGACGGUAAACUGGUUGUUCCAGCCUUGACAUCCUUCGAGCAGGUGCCGCGCGUCACGGCCUCGAAGGGGCUUUCCUCCGGUGUUCGGAAAUGA